AUGAGAGUGACAGGUGUCCUCCUUGCUGCUGGAUCGCUCAUAUCGGGAGCUGCUGCCUUCCGGGAUUCUGCACCAUUUCUGUUUGGAUGGCCUGCGGUUGAGGAACUGUCUUAUUUGACACCAUUCGCGGAUAUCAAGGCCAAGAGCCACAUCUUGUCUUCAAAUAUUUGUUCCACGGAUGACAAGUUGGUGAUUGUAACAAUUCCAGGACUUUCGAAGGAUUUGUUGAAUGACGGGUACUUAGACACCAUCAGUGACUUCAUCCAAUCGAAACAGAACGAAGGGGCCAAAUACACGCCACAUGUUCGUUACGCCCGAAACGAAGAUUCUUCUCUCUCAGCACAUGAAUCGUGCACUGUUGACAAUAUUGAUGUUGUCAAGGAUGAGAAUUGGCUGAGCAGAAUGGAGGAAGCCCAAGCUCAAGCCAUUUUCUUGAAGUUUCCAGAGGAGGUUUCCAAGAUCAAUGAGUACUUCGAGCAACUCACACUUAUACUAUCUUCCAAGCAUAAGGUGAUAGUGCAAGGACUGCCAACUUUUGCAGAACCAACUGUUCCUGCCAUACAAAAGAGAGACGACACUGUCAGCGAAGAGGACUACAAUAAGAUCCAGCAAGAGCUGGACCAGGCCUUCCAGGAGAUCGAGGACAUGAUCGAGUCUGAAAAUUCCGACAAACCGAUCUCAAUUUACGAAAAAUCCGUUUCCGCUGCAUUCAACACCACUGAUGGCUCGCUUUUCGACAAGUAUUCCUACUUCACACCAGGCAUCUGGAUGUGCACAUUGGUAUCGUUGUUCCUGGUUUUUGUGUUCGGAGUAGCUCUAAACUGGCUGUCUUCGCUCCAGGUCAGCUACAGGGCUUUUGACAAGCCAUUCAACGCCCGCAAGAAGACGCAGUGA